AUGACGGACCUCAUGAGAUUCUGCGUACCUUUCAUCGAGUCUAUCGCCACGGCGGUCGUACUCUCGGCCCCUGUCAAUCUCGAGGUCGUUCUGGCUCGCGCUCUCUUGGGCGCAUAUCACGGUCGCGAUCGCGCUCCCACUCGCGCCGAGGGGGAGAUCUCGGCCGUUCAAAUCGAUCUGAUCGGACUGGUGAUAUUCUGCGAGGAGUACCUCUUCGAGACAUACUGCGCCGGGGUGGAGAGCGUCUGA